UGAAAAUAAUGCUUCUAAACUAAUAAUUUUUGGAUCCCCACAAAAAAACUCGCGAGUUUGCUGAAGAUGGCUAUUCAGAUGCCGAAAUAACUAUUCAGAUUCCUUAUUAAUACAUUUUUUAGCUUUGUUUGGCAACUUACAGAUGUCCGAUAGUCCAGCAAAUUGUUGAAAAUGUUUGUGACUCAUCAACUGUCAAUCGAGGAAGUGAACAAUUUACAAAGUGAGAGUUUCGUCAGGAUAUUCAUGAAUGUGGUUGAACAUUACCCUGCUGCGGCCAUCGGGAUUUUGAAGUACAGACCUUUCGAAAGUAUCGAGGCUAUAGCGAGAGCAGUCUCAGAGUUUUUGGAUACUCUAAAACAGAACGAAAGAGAAUUGAUUCUCCAGCAGUACCCGGAUAUCAUAGGCAGCCUCAUCCACUCUCCGUUGAUAUCUGAAAAAGAGAUAGCGGAAAAUAUCAGCGGCACUAGCCGCCUGGACACUGCCGAGAGAAGGCGGCUCCUGGAGCUGAACGCCCGGUAUAAGGACAAGUACGGGUUUCCUUUCAUAAUCGGAGGCAACAAGAACGACGUGGACACCAUUUUCUGCGAAAUGAUGAACCGGCUCCAGAGCAAUGAGGAAGAAGAGGUGCACAGGGCAAUGAGAGAAGUGAAAGCCAUUUCGUAUUCGAGGAUUCGUGAAAUAGUCAGAUAAAAUUGUCUUCGGGUCCUUUUUGUCUAUAAUUUCAAACUGGGUAUAUAAUGGAAACGUGAAGUAUUGAAAAUGAAGAGCAAGCUCUUCAGUUAUGCAGGUGCCAACAUUGUAUGUGUAAUAUGAUUUUUAACUCAAACCUAACAGGGAUAUACAGGGUGAGUCAAUAGUGUGUUCUCCUUCGA